UUUUUUUUGGUGAUAAUAAGAUUAUGGUGUUAAUUAUGUAUCAGAAAUGGGAGAUGAAAUUGUAGACUAUAUUCCUGGAAUGGCCCCAACACAAAUCAGAGACCUCCCAACUGUGUUUCACGGUCAAGAUCUAAAACUCCUCCAACGUGCCCUGGACACCGUCCGAUUGGUCUCCACCUCACUGUGCCUCAUGUUCACCACCGCCUACGAGCUCGAACCCGAAGCAGUCAACGCUUUACGAUCCAAAUACAACAUCCCCGUCCUCCCCGUGGGCCCUAGCGUCCCUUUCUUCAAGUUCACCGACCCCGCCAUCGCCGCCGCCACCGCCACUGCCGCUGCAAGCACCAACGACUACUUCAAGUGGCUUGAUUGCCAACCUGACGCCUCCGUCCUCUACAUCUCCCAGGGAAGCUUCCUCUCCGCCUCAAACACCCAAAUGGACGAGAUCGUGGCCGGGAUUAAGAGCAGUGGAGUCACGUACCUCUGGGUGGCGCGUGGAGACACGAGCAGUCUCAAGGACAGGCUCGGGGAAAAAGGCAUGGUGGUGCCGUGGGUUGAUCAACUGAAGGUAUUGUGCCACCCGGCGAUCGGAGGGUUCUGGUCACACUGUGGAUGGAACUCGUCGCUGGAGGCGGCGUUCUCCGGCGUUCCGGUCCUGACGUUUCCGAUAUUCUGGGACCAGGUGCCGAACAGUAAGAGGAUAGUGGAUGAGUGGAAGAGUGGGUGGAGGGUGAGGAAGAAGAUUGGGUUGGAGAGACUUGUAAGCAGAGAGGAGAUAAGUGAGCUUGUGAGGAAAUUCAUGGAUAGUGAGGAAGAUGAGAUUAAGGAGAUGAGGAAGAAGGCUAAAGGGCUUCGUGAGGCUUGUUUGAAGGCUGUGGCUCCUGGUGGUUCUACUCAAGUCAAUCUCGAUGCUUUCAUUGAACACGUUUGUAAGCUCCAAGUCAACCGCAAGUAAAUUAUUAGCAGAUCAUCAGAUUGACUGGACUUGAUUUUCUUACUUGUUGAAGGAGAAAAUGAUGU